AUGGAAUGCCUUGAAGUGGUACGCGAGAUUGACAAACUGUCGGUGUCAUUUUCCGCGUACGAAGAAUUUUGCAGCAACUAUGAACUUCUCACGCAAGACGUGGCCCUCCUACGCCGCUCAGUCCCCAACUGGAUAGUCUUUGAGCAGGGAAUUGAAGCCUUGUCAAAGUCCGUUGUCUCGACUGAGAGUCGCAAGAAUGACGACAACCGCUCUAUGUUGAUGAAUGACUUGAUGAUCAAGCCAAUCCAACGCCUUUGCAAAUACCCUCUUCUCCUUCAAGACCUCCUUCGAUGUACCCAUGUUGGUGACUGUCCAACUUCUCACGAUGAGAUACGUCGAAUUUUGGAAAGCCUUCGUAUAAUGGUAGCACGAAUCAACUCGACAACCGGCAACCCGAUCAACAAAGAUCGCAUUCAUAAAACUAUACUGCUGCAAGGGAAGAUUGACUUUUCCGAAACGCAGUCACUGCAAGAUGUAUAUAGAGAGCUUGGCCCAAUGACUUUAUGUGGUGUUCUGCAUGUCACCUAUCAGACGCCGGAGCAGACAAUUGGCGAUUUCAUGGUCUGUAUACUUUUCAAGUGCUAUUUUCUCCUGGCAAAAGGGACCGAUGAUUCCAGGCGCUUGGAAAUAGUUGCCUGCAUCUACAUGGAUGACCUGAAAAUGGAUUACAUCCAGAACGGUCGAGGUCUGUUCUGCUACCAGUGUCCCUUCUCAUGGAAGUUGAUUUUCCAAGAACAAGAGGAGAGCUACGAGUUUGUCCUGAGUGCAUCAUCUGCCGCGGAGGAAAAACAUUGGAAGACCGAGAUUCUGAGAUCUUCUGCGUCCCUGAGCGAGAUGGCCAGACCGGGAGGAGCAUGGGAUCCGCGCAGGUAUUCCUUCGUCAACUUUGGUCUGGUUCCCUUGGAUCGAGUUCAGUAUUCGGUGUCUUCUCUCGCCCGGAGAUCGUCGAUGGAUUCUAUGUCGAUAUCGCGCAAGUUCAACAUCCAACAGGUCGUUAUUAGGAAGACGCACUACCCCCACAUUCACGACGAAUCCUCCAAUCCGCCAGGGAAUGAGAUCGAAAGGCCGAAGACGCCAAUACGCGGCAUAUUGACUAUAGUUGCUCGACGGAUUGACAGAAUCCGGUUGGAGAAGACGAUCGCGAAUGUGUACACUCGCGAUGUGCUACCCUUUCCAGGUAUGGCGCUAGGCCGAGGAGACUUGUUUCGUCGAGGAUCGCUCAUGCGGCGCCUCAGUUUCCACGGAGGAUUUAAUCGAAGGUCUACUUCUGGGAGUGCAUCUCACACCGGGCCGCUCGUGAUAGAUGGGAAUUCUGUCGCGGAGUAUAAGUGCGAGGAAAAGGAACUGAUGGGAGGUCAAGAUGGAUGUGACGACCCUCCAUGUUCGCCGGAGACGGAGCACGCGUCACCCAAGAUCCCCCGAACACCCACGUCAAUGAGUGGUCGCUCCAAGACCCUCCGACUUCGAGGUUCAAAGAAGAAUAUGGGGUCGGCGGCCACAUCACCGCGCAGCGAGAAGCUUUCGAGUCAGGGCAGUGCCGAGUUGUCACUGACGCGGAAGAAAUGGACGUCACCUUUGAGCCUGUUUGGUGCUCUCUCGCCGAAGGGAUUGGUACGAGCGCGACCCACGAUGGGCCCGCCUGGGACAGGGGAGUAG